GGUUCCAGGGGGACACGGUGACAUGAGAGGCACACCACAGACCCACUUCCUGGCCUUCUCCCUCCUCUGCCUCCUCUCCAAGGUGUGUGCCCAGCCCUGCCCGAUGCCCUGUGUCUGCCCCUGGCCACCACCCCAAUGUCCACUGAGGACACCUCUGGUGCUGGAUGGCUGUGGCUGCUGCCAGGUGUGUGCACGGCGGCUGGGGGAGCCCUGCGACCACCUCCACGUCUGCGACCCCAGCCAGGGCCUGGUCUGCCAGCUCGGGGCAGGCCCCAGCGGCCGGGGGGCCGUGUGCCUCUUGGGAGAGGACGAGGAGGGCUGUGAGCUGAAUGGCCGUCUGUACCAGGAAGGGGAGACUUUCCAGCCCCACUGCAGGAUCCGCUGCCGCUGCGAGGAUGGCGGCGUCACCUGCAUCCCACUGUGCAAUGAGGACGUCCGGCUGCCCAGCUGGGACUGCCCCCACCCCCGGAGGGUCGAGGUUCCAGGCAGGUGCUGCCCCAAGUGGGUGUGCGACCAGGGAUCGGGGCUGGGGGUCCAGCCCCUCUCAGCCAGAGGGUCCCAGUUUUCUGGUCUUGUCGCUCCUCCACCCCCUGGUGUCCCCUGCCCUGAAUGGAGCACAGCCUGGGGCCCUUGCUCAACCACCUGCGGGCUGGGUGUGGCCACCCGGGUGUCCAACCAGAACCGAUUUUGCCGCCUGGAGACCCAGCGCCGCCUGUGCCUGCCCAGGCCCUGCCCACCCGCCAGGGGCCGCAGCCCCCAGAACAGCGCCUUCUAGAGCCAGGCUAGGAGUGGAAACUCCCUGCCCACCGUUCCCAGCAGGUGGCCCUGAGCCAGGGCUCUGGGCUGAUGGCAGGAUGGCCCCUGCUCACGCCAUUGGCUGCAGGCAACA